AAGCCUCGUAUCUUCCUUUGUCGCGCCGCUGACGGAUACGGAGAGUGGCUAUACACUCGGAUCGACGAAUCCAGCCGCCACCAUUGUGACCACUCGCAUCCCACAACCGCUCCGAGUGAUUCGUCAAACUGGGAAUGUCCGAAUCCUACGCCACAGCACCGCCGACAAGGCCAACCGACAGUCUGACCCCACCUCACCCCCUUCAAUUUCGUACAAUUGACGAGCAGGCCAUUUAUUGAGCAUUCCCACUGCCCCUGAAAGACUCCAUGCAAACACCAUGGACUCAUAGUCAUCUUGCAAUACAUUAUGUCGACCCCUGGUAGUGCGUCCCUUACCACUCCGCCGGCAUAUGUCGAGCCUGGCAGCGAUGCCAACCUCUCCUCUGUGUUUGAGAAUCUCUAUUUAACCAAUAGUCCUUCGGAUACAUCACCCGAAACAUGCCUCGUCCACCUCAAGCUGCUCUUCGCAAUCCAGGCGAUGAAAGAAGAUGUGGGAUACACGGAUGGCCUCUGGGGUCUGUGGGAUAGCCGUGCCGGGCCCCUCGAGCAGUCAGUGCAGAGCGUGGCGGAGAAAAUGCAGGACGACCAGCUCCGGAUCCUCAGCCAGCUUCGUGAGAAGCGAUGGGCUUUAUUUGUCGCAAGAGCGGUCGAGAGAUAUAAGGCGUGGUGGAGACUGUUUGGCGGAAGGCAACUUCGUGAGGAGGACAUGAUGGCAAAUAAUUCGCCCGCCUACGUUGAGUUCCCAGGCGUCGUUGGGUAUGAGACAGUAGAAUGGAAAGAGGAAAUGCUGCCGCCACUUGAUGUCUUGAUGGUCUGGCACACACACAUGCUCAAUCCCCGUGCUUUUCUCGAGGACUGCAUGCUGUCCGGCAAACGCGGAUUCUGGUCAACCGGCAUGCCAUGGCGCCUCAUCAAUACCGCCAUCACCAACUCCUUUACCUACAACGUUACCGCCGCCUGCAAGGCGUCUUGGACUGCCCUUACCCAUCUGGAGUGGUCAAACGCCGACGACCCCCUGACCAUUACCCUCCCCUGUCCCCGAUGCACAACCAACCUCCAGAUCCCCUGGACGACCUGUUCCCGCCCAUCCACCCACCCCUUCGACGGCAUUCCCGACCUCGUCGGAACCGGCUACGGUGACGGAAACCUGGAACACCAAUGUUCAUCUUGUCAAAUCACUGUUAACAAACCUCUCCUAUGCGUGUCUAAAUUCACCAACGACGUCAACAGCCUUAUCAAUCCCGCAACCAACCGUCCCCUCCCAGGAACACUCCUCAGCUUCCGCGAUGGAAAGCCCGUGCCAUCCCCCAUGUCAUCAUGGUUCGCCAAACAAGAAGCCGCGUUUCCCAACCGGCUCCUCAAGAAACGCAACGACAACCCCAAGAUGCAAGUCACCGGACUGCUAUGGAGCGAUGCGCAGCCUACCAUGCACGACGUGCGGGCCAGGAUCGAGAAGAUGGUCCGACGGAGCGGCUCGGGGGCCGGCUCGGGGGUCUACAUCCGCAAGAUGAUGGCGCGGUACUGGGACAACCACAGCCCGUUCGCGCUGGACCUAUGCUCGGCCGUGAUGCGGCAGGGGGUCUUUGCCGAGAAGAUGCACAAGAUCGACUGGCUGCAUAGCCCGGCCGCGAGGGCGACCAUGGAGCGGCUGGUGAAGAAAUACGAUCGCUUCUUUAGUAUCAUGGCGAAAUUCCCCCUUAAUGUUGCGGUGCCGACGCUGGAUGUGGAUCUGGCGUGGCAUACGAACCAGCUCAGCCCGCUGGCAUAUUACCAGUUUUCGGUGGCCAGGACGCAGAAGUUUAUUGACCAUGACGAUAAGAUCGACGAGGAUGCGCUGAGCGGGCACUUUGAGUGGACGAGUAGGGCAUAUCAGGACAUGUACGGCAAGGUGUACAGCGAGUGCACAUGCUGGUAUUGCGAGGCGGUGCGGACGGCGGUGGUUAAUCCGAUAGGCAGGCUGCUGGGUAUGUCGACGCAGGACCAAGUUGCAGAGACUUUCCAUGCCUCCGGACAAGCCCGAUUGCACCCCCCUGAUAACUCGGCCCACAUCUCGUCACACAAUGCGGUCAAGAUAAUCCCGGACCCGACCGUUGCCAAACCACGCAGGGAGCUCGUGGACCGUAGGCUAGCCACGCGCCAUCACAGGCGGAUCGAUGAUGCCUACGAGAAGGCGCAGAAGCGCGCAGCGUCCAAGGGGAGGACGAUACCGCCCAAGGGUGAGUAUUACACCCACUGGGGAUAUCCGUAUGCGUGCUACGGCCCCUAUGUCUCUCCUGUCUGGUACACGCCGGGGAUCUAUGUCGGAGGAGGCUGCCCCGGUGAGAUGUCUGCUUGUGGAGCGGGGGCGAGCGGGGCUUGUGCGGGCGGGACAUGUGGAGGGACGGUUGCAUCGGGGGGAUGUGCUAGUGGUGGUGGUGGCGGCGGCUGUGGAGGAGGAGGAGGUGGUGGUGGUUGCGGAGGCGGAGGCGGAGGCGGAGGCGGAGGGUGUUGA